GGGGGCGGGGCGGCAGCGCAGCGUCGUCGUCGUAGUCCCCGCCUCUUCCCCAGGGGCCGCGUCGGAGUCUCGGCGGCGGCGGCGGCGGCGGCGGCGCUUACAGCUUGAGAAGAGCGUCUCGCCCGGGAGCGGCGGCGGCCAUCGAGACCCACCCAAGGCGCGUUCCCCUCGGCCUCGCAGCACUCCCAGGCCGCAGCGGCCGCGCCCCUUCAGCUAGCUCGCUCGCUCGCUCUCCUUCCCUGCUGCCCGCUGCGCCAUGGCGUUGGCGUUGGCGGCGCUGGCGGCGGUCGAGCCGGCCUGCGGCAGCCGGUACCAGCAGUUGCAGAAUGAAGAAGAGUCUGGAGAACCUGAACAGGCUGCAGGUGAUGCUCCUCCACCUUACAGCAGCAUUUCUGCAGAGAGCGCAGCAUAUUUUGACUACAAGGAUGAGUCUGGGUUUCCAAAGCCCCCAUCUUACAAUGUAGCUACAACACUGCCCAGUUAUGAUGAAGCCGAGAGGACCAAGGCUGAAGCUACUAUCCCUUUGGUUCCUGGGAGAGAUGAGGAUUUUGUGGGUCGGGAUGAUUUUGAUGAUGCUGACCAGCUGAGGAUAGGAAAUGAUGGGAUUUUCAUGUUAACUUUUUUCAUGGCAUUCCUCUUUAACUGGAUUGGAUUUUUCCUGUCUUUUUGCCUGACCACUUCAGCUGCAGGAAGGUAUGGGGCCAUUUCAGGAUUUGGUCUCUCUCUAAUUAAAUGGAUCCUGAUUGUCAGGUUUUCCACCUAUUUCCCUGGAUAUUUUGAUGGUCAGUACUGGCUCUGGUGGGUGUUCCUUGUUUUAGGCUUUCUCCUGUUUCUCAGAGGAUUUAUCAAUUAUGCAAAAGUUCGGAAGAUGCCAGAAACGUUCUCGAAUCUCCCCAGGACCAGAGUUCUCUUUAUUUAUUAAAGAUGUUUUCUGGCAAAGGCCUUCCUGCAUUUAUGAAUUCUCUCUCAAGAAGCAAGAGAACACCUGCAGGAAGUGAAUCAAGAUGCAGAACACAGAGGAAUAAUCACCUGCUUUAAAAAAAUAAAGUACUGUUGAAAAGAUCAUUUCUCUCUAUUUGUUCUAGGUGUAAAAUUUUAAUAGUUAAUGCAGAAUUCUGUAAUCAUUGAAUCAUUAGUGGUUAAUGUUUGAAAAAGCUCUUGCAAUCAAGUCUGUGAUGUAAUUAAUAAUGCCUUAUAUAUUGUUUGUAGUCAUUUUAAGUAGCAUGAGCCAUGUCCCUGUAGUCAGUAGGGGGCAGUCUUGCUUUAUUCAUCCUCCAUCUCAAAAUGAACUUGGAAUUAAAUAUUUUAUUGUAAGAUAUGUAUAAUGCUGGCCAUUUUAAAGGGGUUUUCUCAAAAGUUAAACUUUUGUUAUGACUGUGUUUUUGCACAUAAUCCAUAUUUGCUGUUCAAGUUAAUCUAGAAAUUUAUUCAAUUCUGUAUGAACACCUGGAAGCAAAAUCAUAGUGCAAAAAUACAUUUAAGGUGUGGUCAAAAAUAUGUCUUUAAUUGGUAAAUAAUAAGCAUUAAUUUUUUAUAGCCUGUAUUCACAAUUUUGCGGUACCUUAUUGUACCUAAGGGAUUCUAAAGGUGUUUGUCACGGUAUAAAAUAGAAAGGACUAGGAUACAAAUGAAGCUUAAUUACUAAAAUGUAAUUCUUGACACUCUUUCUAUAAUUAGAGUCCUUCACCCCCACCCCCCUUAUUUUCCUUUUGUCUCCUGAUGAUUAGGCCAAAGUCUGGGAGUAAGGAGAGGAUUAGGUACUUAGGAGCAAAGAAAGAAGUAGCUUGGAACUUUUGAGAUGAUCCCUAACAUACUGUACUACUUGCUUUUACAAUGUGUUAGCAGAAACCAGUGGGUUAUAAUGUAGAAUGAUGUGCUUUCUGCCCAAGUGGUAAUUCAUCUUGGUUUGCUAUGUUAAAACUGUAAAUACAACAGAACAUUAAUAAAUAUCUCUUGUGUAGCA